AAUCCUUGUCAAGCAUCUCCAAACCCUCUUACUGUUUUCACAAAGUUAUUGUCUCAAUAGUCGUGCAGAAAAUCACAGAAUACAUUAGGAUGCCUUACUUGGAGAAUAUAAAGCAAGUGCGAAAGCCCACAGAUGUGCCAUAUCAUUUCCAACCAACAUACCACUCAACCCUUCAACAAUCACACAAUCCUCUAUACGAUCCGUGCGGUAUCUCAAGCAGAAAACAACUUCUAAGCAAAAUGCCGCAGCUUGAGCAGUUGCCUAUGGAACUCCUCCUGGCGAUCUCUGACCACCUGGAUCCUCUAUCAGUGGCCAGUCUCGGCCAAACCUCCCGGAGACUCAACGGUACGUUGCAACGCCCCCUGGCCAGAGCUGCCAAGCAGCAUGCCCUCGCUGAUGAAGCUGAGUACAAACAGCGAAUCAGAUUUCACGAGGAUGGAAAGGGUAUUCUUACUCGCAAACGGACGCACAGGGUGCCUUCCCAGCCGCUCGUUCAAGCCAUCAAACGUCAUCAACUCAACAAGGUAAGAAACUACCUAGAAGCAGGUGUCGACCCGAACGCAUAUGACUUGGACGGAUGUCGCAUGCUUUCACUGGCAGUCCGCGCCAAGGACGAGCCAAUUGUGGACCUUCUGCUUGAGCACGGUGCUGACCCUGCUUUGAACGACGUGUGCGCGCCAUAUACCUCGCCUAUCCUUGACGCGACGAAAAUGGACGAUGAGAUGGUCAAAAAGCUGAUCAAUAUAGGCGCUGAUUAUACUCAGGUAAAGGUCAUACACGCCCUCGCUCGUCGUUGCAGUCUGGAUGUCAUCAAACUCGCCAUUGGCAAAGGUGCAGACUUUAGACAAACCAGUAGGGAUGGCAGGACGGCGAUCCACCACGCUGCAACUAAUAGUGACCACCCAGAUGUCCUUGAAUUCCUCGUUGGAAAAUACCCUGAGCUGCUUUCCUCCCAGUCUGCCACGACAUUUCUCUGGUCAGCCAUCUAUAACGGCAGCCUUCAACUCGUCAAAACUCUCAUCACAGCCGGCGUUGACAUCACCGGGGACCUCCCCGUCCACGCUACUAUUGCUAGCCGUUGCAGUUUGGACGUCAUCAAAGCCGCCAUUGACAAAGGUGCAGACUUUAGUCAAAUCAACCCUGAUGGCAGAACGAUGAUUCACUAUGCUGCGACAAAUACCGACCACCCAGAUGUCCUUGAAUUCCUUACUGAAAAGUACCCUGAGCUGCUUUCCUCCCAGUCGACAAGAGGCAAGACCGCUCUGUGGUCAGCCCUCUACGAGGGGAGUGCCGAACUCGCCAAAAUUCUCAUCACAGCCGGCAUUGACAUCAACAUCAGGGACCAUACCGGCAAAACCGUCCUCCACGCCGCCCUUCAAUUCAGCCAUCAGGCGGUAUACCAAUCAAUGGAAUACGUUGGCCGCGAAAUCGUGGAGAGAAGUCUAUCGAUCGCCGUCGCGCUGCUCGAGCAUGGGAUCCGGUUCGUGAUGGGGUAAUGGGCAUAGAAUUGUCCGAGUCGGAUACGCCAAUGGAAGGUAUGUACUAUCCACUGCCUCGUCUUUCCAGACGGUGCUUGCUGAUCUCAGGUGUCUGGGACUGGAAAUGGUUGGAACUUGGCUUCUGGAUUCUUUGGACGGCGUUGGUUCGGUUUAGUCUGAUUUGCCUUAUUUUUUUGCUUUUGUAUGAACAGACGGAACUGCUAGCUACAAGCUUUUGGGAGAUCUUUGCUGCAAUGAUCUAUAUCAUAUAGCACUGAAUAAGCGUGCCUAGUCCCGUUGCAAGAGUAAUACAGUAGACCUAUUACAGAUCAGCCUCUCCCUGAGAACUUGUAGUCUCAAUUACUU